AUGCAGCUUCCUCACUACAUCAUGCAGCUUCCUCUCUUCAACAAAGUGCUUCCUCUCUUCUUCAAAGUACUUCCUCUCUUGAUCAAGGUGCUUCCUCUCUUCAUCAAGAUGCUUCCUCACUCCAUUAUGCAGCUGCUUCUUUUCUUCAUCAAUUCCUCUUCACCCUGGAGCUCCUCAGCUUUAUAUCAUUUUAAUUGGAUUUUUUGA